GUCGCUGCUCAUAGCUGUGUAUUGUUCCCAGGCUUGAGUCAUCUGAUGACUAGGCUCUUCUGGAACAAGCCUGGAUUUUGUGAGCCCACACUGGGCCAGUGUUAGCUUGGCUAUCUGGAUGGAUCUUUCAAAGUAUGGAAAUAUGACAGGUCUGAGAGAUUUACCACUUGUGGAAGGUUUCCUCUUGCUCAAUCUACAUUGAUGUGGUGAUGAUUUUGGAUUUUUUUUAAAUCGGUGCCACGAAACGAAAUAUAUAUACAUAUUCUAGCCUCUUCUGAAAAGCGAUGGUGGAUUACUGACUUAAUGCCCUAUUUGACGAUUAAGAAGAAUAAGGAUGGCAAGUCGCAGGAGCAAGACUACUCUUCUGAAAGCCAUCACAGAAUUGUUUUACCAACAUUCCAGUAUAAGAUGAACCACCCACGAGUGGGCAAGUGCAUCAUCAUCAACAACAAAAACUUUGACGAAAGGACAGGGAUGAACGUACGCAACGGCACGGACCGUGACGCGGGCGAGCUGUUCAAAUGCUUCAAGACCCUGGGCUUCGAUGUCUUCAUCUACAACGAUCAGACCUGUGAGAAGAUGGAAUGUCUUCUCAGAGAAGCCUCGGAGGAAGACCAUAGUGACAGCUCGUGUUUCGCCUGUAUCCUGCUAAGCCACGGCGAGGAGGGCAUGAUCUACGGCACAGAUGGAGCCAUGCCCAUCAAGACCAUGACCUCACUGUUCAGGGGGGACAUGUGCAAAAGCUUAGUUGGAAAGCCUAAGCUCUUCUUCAUUCAGGCUUGUCGGGGUUCCGAAUUUGAUGAUGGUAUACAGACAGAUUCGGGUCCACCAAAUGACACCCUGGAGACGGACGCUAAUCCGAGACAUAAGAUUCCCGUAGAGGCAGAUUUCCUCUUUGCCUACUCUACUGUGCCAGGGUAUUAUUCAUGGAGAAACCCUGGGCGUGGCUCCUGGUUUGUCCAGGCUCUCUGCAACGUCCUGAACGAGUUUGGCAAGCAGCUGGAGAUAAUGCAGAUCCUGACACGGGUCAACUACAUGGUAGCAACCAGCUUUGAGUCCUGGUCCGAAGACCCGCGCUUCAGUGAGAAGAAGCAGAUUCCCUGCGUGGUAUCUAUGCUGACAAAGGAGCUGUAUUUCAACUGACUGUACUGUAUGACUGACGAGACUGUUUCAGGUACUGGCUAAGCAGUCAAAGCAUUCAGGGAUGAAUCAGGCACACAUGCAUGCGCAGCUGAGCCUGAAAUACCAGCACUCCAAGAGAAAGAAAAAUAUUACAGUGGCACUCCACGUUCAUGUUCCGAUGGUGAAACUUACUCCUCCUCUUCAGCUAAUUUUUCAGAAUAAUGGCGUCGCAUUAGAGCUGAUCUUUGUAGACAGGCAUCGUUAAAUAUCCAUGUUGUUUCACCAGCCUGGAAAAUUUGCUGCCAGUUUUUAUGGGUUUGGCGAAUCAUAACUGAAUAUGUGUUCCUCCAUCUUCCUGCACUUUGAGUGAGUGUUGGAAGGAACUUAACACACGCAUAAGCAAAGGCGGGUUCAGUGUUCUGUGAGCAGUCUCUCCAGAAACUGAUCAUAAACCUGCAAAAAUCUUUUUUUUUAAUUCAACAAUCCUAUAUUUAUACAGUAGUAUAUUCCAUGAAAGUCUGAGGAGCAGUUCACAUGCAGCAACGUCUGUGCACAUAAUUACAUUAUUUUUUAAUGGAGACACAUGCAACUGACAGUGACGUGGUUCCAACCUCCUUUACUGGGUUAGGAAAGGGUUAACCCAGACACACUGACUUCUUUUCUUCAUCUGUACAUGCAAAUCAAACAGCAAAACUUAAAGCAGCACUUGUAAUUGAUUGUCUUUAAUUAAUUGAUUCAGUGGAGCUGCAGCAACCUCAGUCAGGUUAGCAGGUUAGUAAUGACGGGUGCGACAGACAGACACCUCUGGCUUCUUCCACACAUUUUUCAAGUGUUUGUCGUUGCUGCAUAAGAACAGCCCUUAAGUCAGUGUUUCCAAACUUUUAAUUUGGGGACCCAAGAGCAAAUUUGUGCAUAAUAUAAUGUUUCUGACCAGUCAUUUCCAAAAGAUACCAUCAAUGACUGAAAGCUAUGGAAUUAGUGUUAGCAAUUGACACUUCAUUGGGCAAACAAAAAUUAACCAAAUACACAAAUUGCAGAUAAAAUAUAAUAUUGUAUUUUAUUUGCAAUUUGUGUAUUUUGAUUGGUGGUUCAUUUUUGUUUUUGUUCAAAUCCAUAAAAAGCUAAUUGUAGAUUCACAAACAACACAAGACAAUCACAAUACCUCAGAUUUUAAUUUGUUACCCAGAAGAUGGAUGACAUAGUUUUCAGUUAUCUGUAUUUGACUUGUCAUUUGUCCAAAAAAAAAAGAGACACAAGAAACACACAACACUCCUCUGAACAGAAAUGUCUUCCCAAAGACUCAGUGCCUCAGCCUUCCUAGCACAAUAGCAGCAUGCUGGCAUCCUCAGGUUCUUCAGUGUCCUAUAUAGUGGGUUUAUUGUCAUGUUAAAGAAUUUCACAUGCUAGGAAGGUGUGUUAUUUUUGCUGUGUUGUGAUUUGUCCUCUUAAGUUUUUGGCUCAUGUUUUGACUUCAUAGUCCAAACCCAUGAAAGCAAGGCUUUUCCUCUGCAUGAUGUUUGAAGACCCGCUUGUUGUUCAGGCCCAAGACGUUGGAUGAUCAAAAUGACGCUCAUACAGUAACAAAAACAAACAAACUAGACAUUCCUGAUUUAUUACACUCUGCAGGACUUUUUACACUCAUUACAUUAUUAUCUAAGGGUUAAGCUGGACUCAUUUCACUGUAUAUUAGUGUUUUACAUUGUGUCAUAAUAUACUCCACACAGUAGUUAAAGGCAAUAAGACAUGUUUUAGCUAUUUUUUAUUUUAAAAUUGAGUUUUGGUGUUGAGUGAAACAAACCCAAAUCACAAAAAGAGGCUUUUAUAUAUUAUCUUUAAGCACAUUGUGCACUUUGCGAAGCUUUUGAAACCCAUAUUGAACGAUUUAGUUGAUGUAAAAUUUAAUUAUAUGGUAAAAUAUAUAUAAUUAUAUAUAUAUAUAUAUAUUAUUUUUCACCCUUGAAAAACAAGGAAACAUUUACUGCUGGUCAUUGCCACAGAACUCAGUUUGUUUAUGUGAAUACACUUCAUGUCUGUCAUUCACAGAGGCAGCUAUCACUGAUGGUGUACACACACUUUACAAGUCCACAAUACACACACUCACUGUUGCUGUAAUGUUUUUUCUUCAUUAUUCCCAUGACUGCAUGUGUCAGUGAUUUAGGGGAGAGGGUUUAGGUGUAACUUUCAUUUAUGAUCUAAUUUUCUCCCUUUUUUCUUGCUUUGUAAUUUCCUUUUUUUAAGUUUUUAUUAUUAUUAUUAUUAUUAUUAUUAUUAUUAUUAUUAUUAUGACAGUACCACUUGUAUAAUACUUAAAGGGGCCAGGAGUGUGCUAGGAGUGUUUUUUUUGUCCAACACAGCCACUGCUCUGUGUUUGCUCCUCUUGUUUUGCAAUGGAAUUGAAAGAGAGAGAAAAACGUGUUUUUUUCUGGUAUUAAAUGCUGUUGUCCUCAGGAAUAUAUUUGGGAAAAAAAUAUGAAUGAAUUACAUUGAAAUUAUAAUCUGGCCCAAUAUUUUAUUUUGGGGCGAUGACUUUUAAAGAACUUCAAAACAUUGGGAUGCUUAUGUACAUUUUGUUGUAUUAAAGAGAAUUUAUUAUGUUAAGAUUGUGGUGUCAUUUUUCUUCCACGUCUGUAAAUGGAGGCAAUGUGAUUUUAUUCAAUAGCAGUAUAAUAAAAGUGACAUGUAUA